CUAAAAGGUGGAGGGAUUAGUUCAUCAAAAUAAUAAUAAUUCACAAAAACACAUUCAAAACAUAAAAAAGAGAUCAAAGUCAACAAACCACAAAUACAGAUUUACUACCUGUCAAAGAUUGAUUCUUUCUUCCCCAAUCCAAUAAUAAAAGUAAAGCAAGAAGGAAGAGACUUCUGAAUUCUGAUAGUUUUGUGAACCACUCUUCCUUCUUCAACCUCGAGUUUCUCGUCUGGAUCGGAGCCGAUCUCUUUGAUUCGCGGGUUCUUGUCUCAUAGAUGGCUUCGAGAAGGAUCUUAAAGGAGCUCAAGGAUCUCCAGAAAGAUCCUCCAUCCUCUUGCAGCGCUGGACCGGUGGGGGAGGACAUGUUUCACUGGCAAGCAACCAUUAUGGGCCCCUCAGAUAGCCCAUACAACGGGGGUGUGUUUUUGGUUACUAUCCAUUUUCCACCAGAUUAUCCAUUCAAACCUCCGAAGGUUGCUUUUAAGACAAAGGUUUUUCAUCCAAAUAUUAACAGCAAUGGAAGCAUAUGCCUUGAUAUUCUAAAGGACCAGUGGAGCCCUGCUUUGACUAUCUCCAAGGUGCUUCUUUCGAUUUGUUCUCUUUUGACGGAUCCAAACCCUGACGAUCCGUUGGUGCCCGAGAUUGCCCACAUGUACAAGACCGACCGAAGCAAGUACGAAACAAGUGCCAGGGCCUGGACCCAGAAGUACGCUAUGGGUUAAUCCCACCAUUUCCACUUUAAGUUUUCUCCUUGUGUAAAAAAAAAGUUUCAAAUUUUAUCUGCGUGUUCCACCAACGUUCCAAUUGUGUUUGGAAUGGUUUUUAUAGAAAUCUUUGAUGAACCCGAAGAUAUUGUUUUGUUAACAAGUACGAAGUAUGCAUUAAAGGUUUGUUCUCUUU